GCCAGUCGCCUGCGAAACCACCGCCAGAGUCGGCGCCGCACGGAAGCCGGUCGCCGAGCAGCUCAGCGCGCCGCCAAACCGGGAUUCGAGUCCAGUCAUUGUAAAGAAGAUGAUCGUCAACGACGGGGAUACAGAGACGCAGGUCCCACAGAUGGAGGCCGUUCCGGACUCCAGCAGCGAGCAACAAGUCCACCGGCUCGCUGUGAUCGGCUGCGAGGAGCCCCAGCUCCAGAAGGGAACACCCGUGCAGCGUUUCUUCAGAGGCCGCUGUGUGCUGGUGACGGGAGCCACCGGCUUUGUGGGCAAGGUGCUGCUGGAGAAGCUGCUGCGCUCCUAUCCCGACGUCGACACCGUCUACGCCCUGCUCAGGCCCAAGAAGGGAAUCGGUGUCCAGCAGCGCUUGCAAGACAUCCUCUCAAAGCCGGUGUUCAGCAAGCUUGGGAAGGAGCAGCGGGGACACGUGGUGGCGGUGGCUGGAGACGUCGCGCAGUUGGGCCUGGGUUUGAGUCCCGAUGACGCGGAGAUGCUGCGCCACAGAGUCUCGGUCAUCUUCCACGUGGCCGCCACCGUCCGCUUUGACGAGAAGCUGCAGGUGGCUGCUGCCACCAACGUGCGAGGCACGAAGGAGGUGCUCCGCCUCGCCCGAGAUAUGCCCAAUCUCAAGGCUGUGGUGCACACGUCGACGGCGUACGUGCAGUGCGUGCGGCGCCAGAUGCGUGAGUGCGUGAUGGAGCCGCCGAUGACGGCCGCUGAAUUCCUGCAGCUCUGUGACAGCAUCAAGGAGGACACAGGCGACCUUCGGAGGUUUCUAGGCUCGUAUCCGAACACUUACACCUUCACAAAAGCUGUUGCAGAGCAUCUUAUCCAGCAAGAGUUCUCUGACCUUCCAGUAGCCAUCGUUAGGCCGUCAAUUGUGGUGGCGACCAUGGCAGAGCCUUUCCCGGGUUGGGUAGAUAGUAUGAACGGCCCCAUGGGUGUGGUGGCGACAGCAAUCAGUGGCCUGCUGAGGGUCUUGUACUGUGACGUCAGGAAGCUGAUGGACCUGAUACCUUGCGACAUGGUAGCCAACUGCAUGGUCGCUGCCGCCUGGGACGUCGCCACUGACAGUCGGGAGUGCACUGAGCGGCCCAAGGUGUACAACUGCGUGGCGACAACCGACGCGCCGCUGACGUACGGUGACUUCGUAAGCAACGUAGUCCGCUGCACGGCAGACUGGCCUCCCAAGGCGGCGGUGUGGUGCUGCUCGGUGCGCAGCACCCGCCACUGGCACGUCUACCUGCUGUGUCGGCUGCUGCUGCAGCUGCUGCCCGCCUACGUCGCCGACUGCAUCGCGCUCCUCACGCACCGGAAGCCGCGGCUGAGGGAAUAUUACAGAAAUGCACACAACUUCAACAAGGCGGUGAGGUUCUUCGUGGAGCGCGAGUGGGAGUUGGAGACCGCGCAGACCAAGGCGCUGCGGUCGCGCCUCGCCGCCGAAGACCGUGCACUGCUGCCGUUCGACCCCCGGCUGGUAGUCUGGGAGCGCUACUUCGACCACUUCGUGUGUGGCGUGCGGCGCUUCCUCCUCAAAGACGAGCUGGACUCCGUGCCGGCUGCCAGGCUGCGCUACAGGAGAUUGCUACGGCUGCACCAGUGUGUCAAGAUGGCGGCGUUACUGGUCGUCUUAGCUGUGGCGUGUGCUAUUAUCUACGCUGUUGUAUACUGCUUCACGUAAUCCUGUGAGGAGCUGGUCAGCUCUAAUAUAGAAGUCCAUGUUUAUAGAUUAACUACAAUUUUGUAACAUACAUAUAAAAUGCAGAUCUUAAACUAAUGUUAAACAGUUGAAAGUAAGAGAAGUAUAAUGCGUAUUUUUAAUGUGAUAAAUAAAACCUAUGUAACAUGUAUCUGUCACCAAGUAGUCUCAUUUGUAUCAUUGUUAGUCACGGGUGACAUCCUUUCCUAUUUUGUAUUUAGGUGAUGAAGUUCUUAAAUAUAUAGCAAUUAUC